CGUCUCUGUUGUUGGAUCAGAUCGAGAGUGAACGUGAUCGAAAGUGGAGAAGUUUGCCUGUAAAACUUGACUGGUGUGUUUAAAAAAAAGUGGGUAAAAGCGAAACGCGAAGAACAAGCAUUCGGUACAACAGUGAUAGAAAUUCAAAUCAAACCAAUCGAAACGGCAGCAGAAGAAAGGUUUCAGCAUAACACAGAGGAAAGUGAUUUUUAUUGCUGCGAAUAGUGGCCAGUCAGCGAGCUGUAACAGCGAGGAUAUAAUUAGGCGUCGGAUCUCGAUUUGAGGGCUGUGACACCAGCUGAGCUGAUUUCCACAUCACAGUUGGGCGCGCGAAGGGUUCCAGCAAUCCAGCACAAUGCGACUCCUACCGCAACUGCUCUGUGGAAUAGUGUUGAUCUGCGUCAUAUCUGCCCAGCAAUACAAACCUCAAACGGCCAGCAACACCCACAGUUCGGAGGAAGACACAUCAGACGCCUCGCCAGCGGCCAGCGGAAACGUGGCAUAUCGGGCGCGUCCAUCGUACUCGGCUCAAUACAGCAGCUCCGAAGAGGAGGAAGAAGAAGAACCUCAGCAAGUUUACAACCGGCGACAGCAUCAUCCUCAGCAGAACAAUAAGAAUAAGAAACCGCUCGGAUACUCAAGCGAGGAGCUCGAAGCCGAGGAAGAACCCGAUCGGUUGUCGCUUUUGUUGGAAAAAUCGGAUUUCCACUGCACCGGACGGACUACCGGGUACUACGCGGAUGAAAGUCUCGCCUGUGAAGUGUUUCACUAUUGCCAGGAGAACCAGAAGCACUCGUGGAUUUGUCCGGAAGGAUUCACCUUCCAUCAGGUCCAUUUGAUAUGCAUGCCCCCAUCCAAUGAUAACAUCUGCGAGCAGUCGUCUAAGUAUCACUUCGUAAACGACUAUCUGUACAAACCACUUAACAUGGAAGAACACAUGACGAAGCCUAAUGUGACUUUGAGAUACUCGGAACGCUACUAUCCGGAGAACUUCUACGUCGACGAACGCCACUACGAUUACGAGCGUCAACAGCGUCACCAUGAAGAGCGUCGUCAACCGGUGCAACAGUCAAAGCCCCAGUCCUACCAUGCUCCCCAGCAACAAACCGUUCGGAAACAGCCAUCGUACAACGGUCCAACGACACCUUCCUACCGGAUAGUGUCCUCGCCGAGUCCAACCCAUCAGACCGCAUUCCGCAAUCCGGAAGAAAUCAACAUUUCGUUGCAGCAGAGAAGGCCCGGUUAUGCGCCAACUACCCAGCGCUACGAGGACGAUGAAGAGUACGGGAGUUACGAGCGGAAGUAGGUCAGCGUUUGGUGGCCACCAGUUGGGUCUAGCGUUUAGUUCUAGGUAUAGCAGUACUACCGUAGGUUUUAGGAUGUACGAAGAGCAAAGUUUGAGUUCUUUUGCCAUUACAGUGACACUAUCACUCUAUGCCUUCUGUAAUCUCAUUUUUCUUUGUCUGUUAUCUGUUUUACUAUGCUUCGCCUCGACCUCUCGGAAGCAUCCCGGUUGGGAUCUUUUCCGCUAAGCUGCAUUCAUGGGGUGAACAUUUGUUAAUGUGUAGUUACUAAUAUGGUUGAAUAAAAUUUUAAUUUUAUUAUUUAUUCGUAAAA